AUGGAAUUGGAGGGUGAGGUGGAACUAGAAGAGAGUUUAGGUGAGCUGAGACAAAGUUUCAGGAGUGGAAGAACACGAAGCGCUUCAUGGAGGAAAGCCCAGCUUGAAGCUAUCCUAAAGCUCAUCACUGAUAAUGAAGACAAGAUUUUCAAAGCACUUCAACAAGAUCUCGGAAAGCAUCCCGUUGAAGCUUACUGUGACGAAAUUGGAGUUGUUGUUAAAUCAGCCAACUAUUCUUUGAGCUCUGUUGAGAAAUGGAUGGCCCCCAAAAAGGGUCACAUACCACUACUUUUCUUCCCAGCGAAAGGAGAAGUGUUGCCAGAACCGCUUGGCCUAGUACUCAUAUUUUCAUGUUGGAACUUCCCCAUCUCAUUGGCAUUGGACCCAUUGAUAGGAGCAAUAUCUGCUGGAAACACAGCUGUCCUAAAACCUUCAGAGCUAGCCCCGGCAUGCUCUUCAUUCCUUGCUGAUACAAUCCCUCUUUACUUGGACAACAAAGCCAUUAAAGUCAUUGAAGGCGGGACAGAUGUUGCUGAAAAACUACUACAGCAGAAAUGGGACAAGAUAUUCUUCACAGGGAGUCCACGAGUGGGACAAAUUGUCAUGUCUGCAGCUGCGAAGCAUCUAACCCCCGUCACUCUGGAGCUGGGUGGAAAAUGUCCUCUAAUACUCGACUCGCUCACAAACCUCUCGGAUUUAAAGGUGGCUGCCAAAAGAAUAGCUUGGGGAAAGUGGGGACCUUCCGGUGGCCAAGCAUGUGUAGCAAUAGAUUAUGUGCUUGUGGAACACAGAUUUGCAUCUCUUCUGAUUGAAUCAUUGAAGGGGGCUAUCAAGAAAUUUUAUGGUGAUGACCCAACAAACUUGAAGUACCUCUCCAGAAUUGUUAACAAGCACCACUUUGAUAGACUGUGCAAUCUUCUUGAAGAUCCUAAUGUCGAAGCUUCCAUUGUUCAUGGUGGUUCACUAGACAAAAACAAUUUGAUCAUCGAACCAACAGUCUUGCUAGAUCCUCCGCUUGAUGCUGAGAUCAUGACUGAAGAAAUAUUUGGCCCAUUGCUUCCAAUUAUCACCGUGAACAACAUUCAGGAAAGCAUUGAAUUCAUAAACUCGAAGCCUAAACCUCUUACCAUCUAUGGAUUCACCAAGAAUGAAGCAUUAAAGAAACAGAUUUUGACAGAAACAUCAUCAGGAAGUGUGGUUUUCAACGAUGCCCUGGUUCAUUUUCUAUGUGAUGAUCUACCGUUUGGAGGCGUUGGCCAGAGUGGUUUCGGGAGGUACCAUGGGAAGUACUCUUUCGAUACCUUCAGCCAUGAAAAAGCAGUUCUGCAAAGAAGCUUCUUCCCCGAUCUGGAGAUUUUGUAUCCUCCAUUGAAUGAUUCCAAGUUACAAUUCAUCAGAUUGGCUUACAAAUUCGACUAUGUUGGAAUACUGCUACACUUUUUGGGCUUGAAGAAAACAUUCACUUGAAGUGAAUUACCUUAAAAUCCAAUGUCAAACUAUAGUUUGAAACUUUGAUAAGCAUGUUCUGAUAUUGAAUAAGUAUGUGCCUGUACACAGAUAAAAGGACAUUCAAAUUGACCCUUUUUAUAUUCUUAUGGUUUUCUGUAAUCAGAUAUCAAAACUGGUGUCCUGAAUGGUCACUUGCAUAACCUUCUUGGUUGGAUCUGCAAAUGGUGAUAAUGAAG